GACGGCAUCGACGAGUAUAUCCGAUCGACUCUACCGUCUAAGAGCGCAUACACAACUUUGCUUUUCGUCGUCCGGUUUUGAUUUCAUGAGAUUCUGCUUUUGAUCAUCUAAAUAGCAAAAUGGAUCAGCCGGUACCACACGUUGAGCUCGCCAUCCGUCCAAAAAAAAGUUUCGCCGCACCUGUUAGCAGUAUUCGGAAACCAGGCGAUCAGGUAGACAUGACUACUAAGGUAAAGGAGCAGCAUACGACCCAGCAGAGAACCCAAGCGCCAAGACGCAGCCGGCGAUAUGUCAGGGCAGCGACAGAACGCCUGAAAAGCUCAUCAGAGGAAGCAGCUUCUGAGCAGAAAGAGCCUGCCGUGCAUGAGUGGUCAGAUGUCCCUGGACCAUUGCACGAGGCUGUGAUUGCCUCCCUGAAAGGAGUAUGCCAUGAUCUAAAUACGCUCGCCAGAUCCGGCUACAAAGUCCGCGAAAUGGCUCAAGAGGACAUGGAAGGAUAUGCAAAGUGUAUGAACUGCGGAGAGCGCAAGCGAGUUCUAGACACGAAAUCAACAACAGCUUGUUUCUACCACCCAAUGAAUCUCAAUCGCCAGAAGAGACAAUACAAGUAUCCAUGUUGCGGAAAGAAGCAGGCGUGCGCCUCAUUACCCGCGCAUAUUUACGCACCAGUUCAAGAUUUUAUCCUGGAGAACUGGCAGAGCUAUCAAUUAACACCGAGUCCUAUGUCAGGGCUUCGUCCACCUCGGCGCGCGGUCGCACUCGACUGUGAAAUGAUCGAGGUCCAAGGAGGGAGUGCGGAAGUAGCGCAGAUCUGUGCCGUCGAUAUCCUGACCGGUGAAGUUAUUGUCGACAUAUACGUGGUCCCGUCCAAGACGGUAACGGACUGGCGGACACCGUGGAGCGGGGUGUCACAGAAACUUCUCGAGGAGAUGAAAGAGGCUGGAAAGACUGUCAACGGAUGGGAAGAGGCGCGGAACGCGCUAUGGACGCACAUCAAUCAGGACACCAUCCUCGUGGGCCAGUCGCUCCAGCACGACCUCGAUAUCAUGCGUAUGGUACAUUUGAACAUCAUUGACACGGCUAUCCUCUCUCGGGAGGCAGUAGCGAAAGAUUGCAAGCAGAACUGGGGGUUGAAGCGACUGUGCAAGCAGAUGCUCGAUCGCGAUAUUCAGCAGUCACGGAGAGGACACAAUUGCUUGGAGGAUACAAUGGCGACUAGGGAGGUGGUUCUCUGGUGUGUUCGGCAUCCCGGCAAGUUCCAGGAGUGGGCAGUGUCCCAGAGGGAAUGGAAGAAGAAGGCCGAUGCGCAUUGGAAAAUGAAGCGGAAAGAGUCGGAUAAGGCUCAGGUCAAGCAGCCUCGAGAUGGUGUCUCUCAAGUACGGGCUGAAUAAAGGUCUCUGUUUUGUGUUAUAUGCUGCAGUCUUGAUCCUUGGUGCUUCUUGCAUAUAUCACCCGGCACUUGGAAUAUGCUAGAUACCCAAAGGACUUAUAUAUAUUACUCUUAUCACAUCAUCCUGGACAGUGACCCCAUGAGAUGCGGUGGAAUGCCUCUUAUAAGAUAAGGAUAUCUUGGUUUCCGUUACAAAGGUUAAACUGUGGCAACCUAG